AUAGGUCCUAGUUGCCGCGACUUGAAGUUGAACCCAUGCACGACCUUUCGGCCGAUUCGCUCCUCGGGCAGGCUCUUAUUUUGCCUGCAUACGCGACUCAUCUAUUAUGUCCCCUUGGUCAGCAUGAGACGGAUGCUAAGGGCUGGUGGGGCCACUUGUAGCAGUCGUCCUGCCAAUCUCGUUUGGGCCAGCUGUGCUUUUGACGGUGGUAGAUGCCAUCCAAAUCCUGUUGAAACAAUAUUCUGGAGAGUAUUAUUGCCAAGGCGGUCAAUUGGGGGGACAAUAACAAGGAAUAGGAGAAUGGAACUCGGAGUAGGCAGCAAAGCUGCCUUCCAAAGGAAACCUGAAGAUCGGUCACGUACGGAACUUCUUCAAGGUGGCACCGGUGAUGUGGAAUGGCCAAGCAUUGCGAAGAAAGCUAGCUUGGGGUCGCAAUUGACGGUGCUAGGCGGUGGUGAUAAAUUGGAUCUCUUCACUGUUCAAGGAGUCUUCUCAGAAGCGGAGUGCCACAGGUUUGUGGAGGCAGCUGAAACUAGACGCUUCCAGCAUCAAGGCAGCCGGGGUCCAAAGUUUGGAGAGGCUUACAGAGACAACGGAAGGCUUGCUGUGGAGGAUGCAGACUUAGCGCAGAGCAUCUGGGACAGCGGUUUAGGCUCUUUGCUUGUCAAACUACUACAGAUAGAAGGCAAAUGGCCCAGCAAAUUCAAUCCUAACGUGCGCAUAUACAAGUAUGAGAAGGGGCAAAAAUUCGGCAAGCACGUAGACGAGAGUGUUCGAGUCGAUCGUGGCCUCUAUACUGGGUAUACACUACUUGUCUAUCUUUCGGGAGGGAGGACGACGGCCCCAGAGAAGGAAGCACUAAAAGGAGGAGAGACAGUCUUCUAUGGACGAAGAGGAGUACAAGUGGCCAAGGUGGCCCCAGAAACUGGCCUUGCUUUGCUGCAUGUCCAUGGGGACAGAUGCCUUUUGCAUGAGGCCAGGGAGGUCAAGCAAGGAGUCAAGUACGUGCUGCGGUCGGAUGUUGUUUUCGAGUGAGCCCAUUAGUACAGACAAUCGGGAUAAGUUUACGCAGAUUCUGGAACACAUCAAGGAGUGGUCACUGAAUAGCAAGAGAGAUUGCUCAAAUGACAUCAGUUCCAUGCUUAGAGAUUGCUCUCUUAAGUUGUGCAUGCGGGCAUGCGACCAGUUAACCGACCGUUGUACCUGAUCACAAUCAUAGUGUAGGACUGGUAUAGUACCAACGAAGCAAGGUGGACAUAGUUGAACCAGAUUAACUCGGGCACAAGCAAACAUGUUGCUUUCUUUGCUAGUUACCAGUCUAUGUUGUUCGAGGCAGAUACAGUCAUUGCUGAAUCAAAGAAACUACUUGACAAGGUCAUGAUGGAACUUGAAAGCUGUUCAAUCACCGGUUCCGACCUUGCUGCCCAAC